GACACGCCGCCCCGUCCCUGCGGGGGACAAGACGCCGCGGAGCCCGAGGAGGCGCCCGCGGCACAGCCUGUACAUAAGGAAGCAGCCGCCCAAAAGGUAGGAAUCAAAAAGGUCACUCUUGUCGUGGACGAAGAGUCGCUAAGGAAGCCCAAGCUGUCACCAGUGAGCGAGGAGGAGUCCCUCAGGAAGCUGCGCACCAGGACGGACUGGCUCACCACGCCCCAGAACGUGCAGGACAUCGUCACCAACCGGGAGAAGCUGUCGGCUCGGGACAGGUUCUUCCUGAGCACCGCAUCGCCCCCCGAGGCGCGGCGGGGCCCACUGCCCGCCACCCACGGCCCGCAGGCCGCCGCCAACGGCACCAACCUCAACGACGCCGCCACCAGGAUCCCCGUGAGCCGCGCCAAGCCCAUCAGGACCCAGUCAGACGCCAACAACAGGAACACCAGGCAGGGCGCCAAGCAGACGCCGCCUCCAUCCAAGGGCGUGCUUAAGAAACCCAAGCGGGAGGUGAACGGCGAGGAGAUCGACAACAGACCCAGCAACGAGACCCGCCACGUGGCCAGGGACAAGGAGGCCAGGGACAAGGACACCAAGGACGCCACGGAUACCACGGACACCACGGACACGCCGGGCGCCCGACACACAGACAGCUGCAAUAACCAGCAGGUCAUUCCCUACGACGCCCCAGAGACUCCAGUCAGCAACGGCAACUGUGAGUCCUCGCCACUGCCGACCCCCGAGCCCGCCCAGCCCCCCGAGGCCUUCCAGGACGCGAAGCAGCCCGCCUCCCCCCUGCGCAGCACAAUACAGCCCCCGCUACCAUUCCAGGACGCCACCAGGCCGCCCCUUCCCUCCAGUGAUCCCCCCCAGCGCCCCACGCCCACCAAGAAGCCUGCCAAGCCGCUGAGAGGGCAGCACACCGCCUCCAGGCUCCCCAAGCCCCACCACGCCUCGCCCUCAUCCAAGUCUCCCCAGCCUGCGACACCCCGCGCAUCCUCCCUCCCCACCACACAACCCACACCGCCCACACAACCUACACCGCCCACACAACCCACGCCGCCCACACAACCCACACCGCCCACACAACCCACACCUCCCACACAACCCACGCCGCCCCCCCACAACACAGCGCUGCCCUCUCCGCCCCCCCACGCCGCAGCGCAGCCUCCACGCUCCCUCCCCACAGCGACACAGCCACCGCCAGAACCCUUCCGUGACGCAGCACAGCCCCCAGCGCCCCCACAAGCCGCAACACAAGUCACUGAGCCUCCCGCAGACACAGUGUUGUCAUCACCGACACUUGAGGACGCGACACAUCCCCCACCAACCCCCUUCAAGGACACCAAACACUCCCCGCCCCCCCUGCAGCCCACCACGCAGCCCCCCCAGCCCUUCAGGGACGCCUCACCGCCGCCUCAAGUCACGGCGUCCCCUCAGGACACUCAAGUGGAAACACUAAAGCCUGCAGCCGAGGAGACGAGGGUUCCCGAGCCCCGCCAGCCUCCCAAAGAGACCUUGAUCAAUGGCUGGGGGGAGGGAGAGGCGGAGGGGGAGGCAGAGAGGGAGAAUAAAAAGGAGAAGCGAGAGAAAGAGGAGAGGGAGCGAGAGAAAGAGCAGAAAGGGGAGCGGGAGGCAGAGAAGGCGGAACACGGGGAGCAGCAGAAACACUCGUGUCGCGACAGCGCCUCGAGUCUGGAGGGUCUGGACCGCCCCGCCAGUGAGGAGCUGAGCCUGGACGGCCUCACCAGCCAGGACGAGGCCGAGAAGGCGCCCAAGGCCAGCAAAGUGUCGCGCUUCGUGCGGAUGUUCAAUCGGCGUGAGGUGACCCAGACGGAGGCGAGUCUGGAGCGUGCCUCGGGACGCAAGACUCCCAGCCGCGUGUGGGCCAUGUGUCUGCAGGCACAGAGCCCAAACAAGGACGACGACGACGACGACCUCGAGUCCUCUAGCGAGGUAAUCAAGAGCGAACCCCACCUGGACCAGUGCCCCUCGGGGACGCACAAGGGCGCGGCGCCCCCAUGGGCCGACACGUCCAGUCUGGGGGACGUGCACACGCGCCACUCCCUGGACAGCGUGGCGGGGGACGUGGAGGACAAGCGGCGCUCCCUCAACAUCGAGGUGGAGAACAGGAGCCUCAUCAGGAGCAGUGGCGGCCGCCGCUCCUUCGACAAGCCGCAGAGCCGCGCCCGCCUCACCACUAAGCGGUCCAACACGCUGGAGGACAUGGACGACUCGCGCCACGCCCCCUCCAGGUCCUCCAAGACGCUGCCGGCCAAGACCACCGCCGCAGCGGGGCGGGAGGUGGCCCCCAACAGCAGCCCCUUCUACCGGAGGUUCUACAGCCACUGCAUGAUUCUCCCCGCUAAGAGGCGCAAGCGUGCCAAGAACAAGAGUCGCGACAACAUGGAGGACAGCAGCUCGCAGGGCAAGGAGGAGCCGGCCGUGGCGGGCGGCGGCACCGCGGAGCAAAGGGAGAAUGACAUUGUUACCGAGGGAGAGAGAAAAGAGAGUAAGGAGGCGGCAGGGGGCGGCAAGGACAAGACUGGCCAGAGUGAGGGUGAGGCAGUGGAAGGUGAUUUUGACGACUCCCCAAAGAGACUCCCUGUGGUGGACGGCUUCCUGGCGGAGAUCAUGGAGAGUGUGACGCUCAUGGAGAAGGAGAUGACGGAGGACGAGGCUGAGAAUGACGGCGAGGGCUCAGACGGAGAGGGGGCGACCGGAGCCAACACGGACGAGGAUGAGGAAGAGAAAGAGAGGAGAAGCAGCCUGGAGCUCCUGUCUGAAGGCAAAUCCAGAGUCAGCUCCCUCAUAUCAAGAUUCGAACAGUGUGGCUCAUAGUGGUAGAGCAAGAACCACCACCACCACCACCACCACCACCACCAUUACCACUACCACCACCGCCGCCACCACCACCGCUACCCUCGCGUGGUGUACAUAACUCUGGCUUGUGUUGACUGUUAUUAUAUUCCAGGUGACGCGGUCUUGGUGGAAACGUUUGGCGAUUCCUAGGCGGCUUACUGGUGUUACUGAGAACGUUUUCAGGGUCUCUGUGGACUUUUAAAUGCAAUAGUGGAAACGUUUAAGUGUUCCCGGUGGCUCAAGUGAAAACGUUUGUGAAUUUCUGCUCGCGUAUGUGAAAACGUUCGUGAUUUUCUGCUGGUCUAUGUGAAAAUGUUUGUGACUUUCUGGUGGCUUAUGUGAAAACGUUUUGAGGGUAUCUGGUGACUUAGAAUGAAAACGUUUAUGAAUUUCUGAUAGGUUAACUGAAAACGUUUGAAGGUUUCCGUGACUUCCACCGAAAACGUUUAAGGAUUUCUGAUGACUACUUGAAAACGUCUUUUUUUUUUUCUAGGGUAUUCGUGAAGCUUAUUCGCAUCUGUUAAAACGUUCGGGGUAUCUUUGGUGCUUGAUUGCGUGAGUGAAAACGUUUACAGGACUCUGAGAGGCAUGAACACGUGUGUGGAGACGCUUCGGGCGAUGAAUUAAGGUCAGCUUGAGUUAAAUGAGCGUCUGGAAUGAAGGUCAAUAAAGGGCCUUGGGUUGAAUGAAUGGGAUAUGAAGGUCACUUAAGAUCCCUGAAUUAACUGAGAGUCUGGAAUGGUCACUUGCGGUUCUUGUAUGGAAUGAAAGUCAAGUUUUAAAAGGAAAGUUUGGAAUGAAGGUCAAGUAGGGAUCUUGAGUGUAAUGACUGGAAAUAAAAGUGAGAUUUAAAUGACACUGGGAUGAAGAUUAUUGAAUGGUUCGUGGUUCAUUGAGUGUCUGGAACCAAGAUCACUUAACCCUUUCAAUGCAACACGAGACAACACCGCUAGAAGUAAUGCAUGAGAUCUCUAUAAGCGUCUACAAGAAAGGUGAUUAAAAAGAAUAGAUUUUUUCUUCAAUUUCUAUCCAGUUUAAAGAUCGGAGCUGGCUGUAGGACGAGUAAAGAUGUCACAGAGUAAUUAGUAAAUAAGGAAAGGUGUACCAAGUGGCAGUCAAUGGGUUAAGGUUCUUGAGUUUAAUGGUUCGAUGGUUCUUGGUUCGCGUCUCACAGCCCUGACCAGUCUUCCUCUCUGCCUCACUCUGCACUCCGUCACUCUGUCCAUUGCUGCCCGGUGUUCACUACGGGAGCGUCUGUCAGCUUGUUCAUUAUCAGAUUACUGACUCCUUCUUCUGUGCUGGACCUGCUUCUAGUCAGUAAUUGCGUCCACUUAACUUUGAUGUUUGCGAUUGGUUGUUUUUUAUUAUUAUUGUUAUUUUUGUUAUUAUUAUUAUUAUUACUAUUAUUAUUAAUUUGGUAUUUCUCUUAACGGACGUAUAUAAUGACAUUUCAAGCCGUGUGAUCUAUAUUAUUAUUAUUAUUAUUAUUAUUAUUAUUAUUAUUAUUAUUAUUAUUAUUAUUAUUACGACAAAAGGGAGACAGGCAAGAGAAUGCAGUGUUAUAAUAAACAAAAAAUAUAUACAUAUAUCUAUCUGCUUAUGUCCAUUUGAACAAUUUAUAAAGCAAAGCAAUAAAAUUCAAUAAAAAAUAUAAACUAAAGGAAAUCCAGAGAUUUUUUGGCAAUGCCCUGCUCAGUUAUCCUCUCUACACAGGGCGUCACCACCACCACCACCAUCACCACCACCCACACCUCACGAACACUUCAGCGCCACACCACCACUACUUUCAAAAGGCUCUAGUCGAAGUGGCACGAGUUUUUAAAGGUGUUUAUACGGUUCUAGUGACAGAUUAAUAAGACUUCUACAUUAUUAACAGGAGAAACACUCUUGAAAACCUGGCUAAUCAUCUCUGUGGCCUUUGAAAACAGUCGUGGUGAGAGAGCAAGGCGUUUCUGAAUAAGACACUUUGUUUUAUGACGCAAAGAAACUACAAAACAUUCAGAUGAAAAAAAAAAAAAAGGAAAAUGUCAGUGUCUUGUAAUUUCUUCCUAUGACAUCCUAGUUCUUGGUCUUUGCAGAUUUAAAAGCAGGAAGAAAAUAAGACAGAAGAGGUCCACCGCUCGCUCAGUCCCUGGGAAGGAGUCAAGACAAUGAUAAAAACUAUAGAAGUGUUUUGAGAUACAUUAACCCUUAUAUAAAUUUCUAUUCAAUUUCUAACCAUUGUAUUAACUAAGAUCUGUGACGUCACUUCUUGAGGGAAUCGUUUAACAAAUAAAUAGAUAACUGAAGAUACAAAUAACAGUAAAUUAAUAAUAAAUGAAGCAAAGGCAGAUGGUAUAAGCCAUUAACUUGAUAACUGAAGUCUGUGCGAUAAAUAAAUAGACAAACAAAGGUAAAUAACAGUAAGAAAUAAUAACUGAAGUAAGACAGGUGGUAUGUUAACCUGUAUAUAUUUGUGCUGAUGAUAAACUACUAAGAAAAAAACGUAUUCAAAUGUAAAUAUAUGAUAAGUACAAGCAUUAAAAUGUAAAUAUGAUAAGUACAAGUCCGGUACGCACACACACACACACACACACACACACACACACACACACACACACACACACACACACAUGAACAUUUCUUUCUCCCUCAGUGUCCAUUACAUUAAACGCUCACUUGAAAUACAACUCGAAUCAAUAUGUAGAUAUAAAUGUUUGCUACUCAAGUUACCAAUGCUAAUGAAAUGCUAAGCGCGUUGCCACUUCCCCGGAGCAUUCUGGGGCAUUUAUUCCUAGGCUAAUCUCGAUAACGCUCCUUGAUUUUAUUGUUGGUAUUGUUCGUUCUUUUUAUCACCUUUAUUCUUUUUUUUUUUUUUUUUUUUUGUAAGAGCAACAGAGAGAGAGAGAGAGAGGGGGGGGGAGGAUACUCAGGUGUGUCCCCGUACGAAAUAUCUAUGGAAUUAACUAAAAUUUGAGGAUACGUGUCUUGAAAUCUCUCUCUCUCUCUCUCUCUCUCUCUCUCUCUCUCUCUCUCUCUCGUCCACACGCUACAUGAAAAUUUUCCUUCAGUUUGCCACGAUAAAUGUUUCAUAUUUCCUCUCUAACACACUUCCCGAAAACUAUGUAUGUGUGUAUGUAUGUAUUAAAACGAAGCAAAGCAGGCAUGAGAUGAACCGUGAAGUAUUAAAAGAUUGGUGUUAUAUAAUUAUAUUAUGUAAGUAUGUAUAUACGUAAUUAUGAAUGGUGGCGUGAAAGGAACACACACACACACACACACAGAGAGAGAGAGAGAGAGAGAGAGAGAGAGAGAGAGAGAGAGAGAGAGAGAGAGAUACAAGCAACAAAUUCAAAAAGCAAAGAAACAGGAGACAUUUCGACCACUCCCUCUCUUAAUAAUACAAUAGGAGAUUCAUACACGUAGCUACACCACCACCACAACCUAAUAACGUACACAAACCAUGUAAGAAAGUGUUCAAAAAUAGAGAUCUGUGAAAUGUAUUAAAAGAAGCAGUGUGUGUGUGUGUGUGUGUGUGUGUGUGUGUAAAGGAAUAUACGUAAAUGUAGAGGCAAUACGAUAACUUGUAAAAAAGACGCGACGUAACGAGCUUUUAAAGACGCAAUGGUUAACAAGCGCGCGGGUUGUUCAUUAAUUUGCGGCAGGCUAAGAUAACUAUUAUUACCCAUUUAAACCAUAUUCCAUACCUUCCUACCAUCUCCCUGUGUAUACCCCUAUCCUUCUUGUUAACCCUGUCCCCUUGUACCCUCAUAAAAUACGAUGAAAUUGUCGUACACACAAAGUCAACAGCCUAUCCAGCCCUGUCUCCCUACCUCAAUAUUUUCACUCAUUUCACCGUCUUAUACUCACCACAUGCGGCGGCAGGUCUCACAGCAGCACCACGGAUACACUAUCUUUCGUUACACACAAGCACUUGUUAUUAAUACCGAAUAACGCAAAAAAAAAAAUUACUAAAUAAGCAGCGCCUCCGGCCUAACUGUGUCCCGUCCGCUGGUCACCUCACCUCUGGCGGGAAACUCUUUUUGAAUUAUCGUACUUUCUUUUCUUUCUAUUUCCUGUGUACAAUUGCUUUAUUCUCGUAACAUAAAUUUUAUACACGUUUCCUAGUUUAACUUUUCUCUUCAUAGACAGUGAAAUAUAAUUAUUUUGUCAAGUAUUAUACUCGUAUGUCUACCUACCCAUAUCGUUCAUUUAACAGGUAUCGUUUUCUGCGUCACAUCAAUAUUCUCAAAAAAUGUUCAUUUACUAUUAUUCUUGAAAGUACUAUGCAUUUCUUUGUUAUAGUUUGUAGAAAUAUAUCAACCAGACACGAAAUUGAAAGUUAAUAGCAAUUUUAAGUGGUUCCAUGAGACACCAAGACUGUUAGUUUUUAAUUUGGUGGAUAUUUUCGAGUUGGACAAAAGAGACAUAAUAUUGCCUGUGGAAAAGGUGUGCGAGUCUCCAAAUUUACAAAAAAAUAAAUAAAUAAAAAAAUAAAAAAAUAAGAAUAUAAGGAAAUAAAGGAAGAUACAAGCAGCCAGGCCUAUAUAUGGCAGCCCCUGUAUGAACCAUUGUACCACAAAGUCUAUUUAGUGAAUAUUAUGAAGCUUGGACUAAGAAAUGAUGUUGAAUGGGGAAGUGUGAGAGUUGCCAAGAAAGUCAGCUAGACAUAGGAACUUAGAAAAUUUGUGGGGAAUAGGAAGGAAAUGACAGAUGUGUGGGUGUUGCCAUAAAACAACUUGAGGGAGAGACAAGUAAGGUAUUCUGGUGCUAAUCUGUUACAUGGUGACUACAGGUCCUUGUCACCAUGUACACUCCAUUCUCCAUAUUUCCAUACGAGUUGUCAGUAUAUAAAACCAGAGAAGCAUCUUAGAACAUGUAGUUAUAUAGAUUCAGCAUGACAUACCAUGCAGUUUAUUCUCCACGACUCCAUUCUAUUAAAUUCCAGUGAUGUGUGAUCUGAGAGAAGUGUCUAGGAGUAAAUAUGAAAGCAGACUGGAUACCAACUAACUUGUUAUGCCUGUCCUACAAUAAUUUUAGGAUACUUCUUCACAUGUGUUUGUGGCGGAGUGUGGUGGAGUGUGGCGAGAGGUAGCCAGUGUGUUGAUGAGUGUCUAAGAGGAGAGAGACGGAAUGGGAGGCGAGAGUAACCUGUGUGUGAGGAAUAAGAGGCAGUGAGGGGUACUGAUGAGUGUCCGAGAGGAGAGAGAUGGCAUGAGAGGCGAGAGUAACCUGUGUUUGAGGUAUGAAAGGCAGUGGGGUGUGUUGUGGGCGUCUGAGAGGAGAGAGAUGGCAUGGGAGGCAAGAGUAACCUGUGUUUGAGGAAUGAGAGGCAGUGAAGUGUACUGACGAGUGUCCGAGAGGAGAGAGAUGGCAUGGGAGACGAGAGUAACCUGUGUUUGAGGUAUGAGAGGCAGUAAGGUGUAUUCAUCCUGCAUACUUGUCAAACCAAAGUAUUUCUAAGCAGCAUCAGCAUUGUAUCACUGAUGGUGAGUCCUAUAUAUAAGUUCUCAUGUGUUGUAGAUGCACAAAGGAAAGUACUUUAUAUUUUGUGUACAGAGUUAAAAUGAAUUUAAGCUAUAUAAUAAACUGAUUACUGAAG